UAUCACUUCAAGCCGUUUAGUUCAAGAAAAUUUUAUCAUCACAAAAAAAAAAGGCGUUGGCGCUUGAGAUAACUCGAAAAACUUCGACACAAAUUUCUCCUAGGAAAAUUUUCUGUUCAUGGCCUUUUCUCCAGCCUCUGUCAGUUUAUAUCACGAUUCCUUCAGGGUAGUUGUUGACUAAGAAUAUUUGGAAGUUUAUCCCCCGAUACCAGUUUUUCUUUAGGAUCAGUCAUGUCAUUACCCAAUAAAUAAUCCUCUGGCUUCAAUAAAAAUCCCACAAUAUUCUCAAAAUUUUCUUUUUCUCCUCUGAUCGGUAUUUUCCCAUAACUAAUGAUUUCUGUCUAGGGGGCAAAUCUAUCAAUACGAACUAAGAUAUAAGUAACCUCAAAAAGCCUUGGAUCCUGGUUCCACGUCUCAAAAGACAUUCAGAAAAAGAGAACAAAUUUUGUAUGUUUAAAUUUAUUCGGAAACAUAAACUUCCAACUAAUAUUUGCUUUUUGAUUAGGUUCCUCUGGCUAUAAAGUGCUCAACACUUGAUAAGCCUCCAAGUUUUUUAUUUUUCUAACUUUUGUAUUAUGUAUUUUUUAAAAUAAUUUCAAAGCUGUACUUUUGCACAAUCCAAGAAGCCCCAAGAGCUGCAAAAUUCAGACAUAUAACUUUUUUUUUAGACCUAAACCUGAACAAAAUAAAACACUCCAAAUUUUGAGGUGUGGUUGUUGAAUCACAGCAGGAUUUAAAAAUCACAGAUUCGGCCAGACACACGAGUAUAAAAAUAAAAACUGAUGAAGGCCUAGCAUUAACACGCAGUCAGCUUUUUUCUUUGAAAAAAGGGAUUUUUGUCUUCAAUUGUAAAUAAAUCUCCAGCAGUGAAGAUGGGAUAUUCUGGGGAGAGAAGUGCCAGAUUUGCCUAUUUUUCUACUUUGGCAGCGUCAAUAACUGCCUUUGCCACAGGUAUGUGCUACGCAUGGACCUCGCCGAUCCUACCAAAACUCCAAUCAUCAGAUUCAGAUUUAAACCCACUUGCUGAGCCUGUCAGCACAUCGGAAUCUGCUUGGAUAGUGGCAGCCAUGAGCUUAGGGUUACUAUGUGGACCAGCUCUAACAAUUUUUUCACUUAAAUUCUACACCAAGAAAAUCGCAUUGCUUCUGUCAAUAGCACCGAUUUUUGUAGCGCAUGCCAUGUGUUUAGUGAUAUUUAAACCAAAUAUAAUUAUUUUGGCAAGAUUUUUUAUGGGUGUGGGUACUGGAGCCGUUUGGUCAGUCCUUGGAGGCUUUAUAGCUGAAAUUUCCGAAGAUAAAAAUCGAGGACUACUAGGCAGCAUUCCUGGUGUUAUGUCGAAUCUUGGAGGCUUAUUGGUUUUCGUUGUUGGACCUGUGAUACAAAUAAGAUACUUUACCUUAGUGCUUCUGGGUCCACUUAUGAUAUUUUAUAUAUUAUUUGGCUUUUUCGUUCCUGACAGUCCUUAUGAUUUGCUUGUUGGCAAUAGACAUGAAGAAGCUGAAAUGAGCUUGAAGAAAUUGAGAGGCAGUAACAAUGUUGAGAAGGAAUUGGCAUUUAUGAAGGAUACUAUUGACUCUACAGAUGAAGAUAGAGUCACUUUAUCAGCUUUCUUUAAAGAGCGUGGGUUAAGAAAAGCUCUUAUGAUUUGCGUUGUCCUAAUGGUAUUUCAACAAUUAUCAGGAAUCUUGGCUGUAGUAAGUUAUGCUCAAACUAUUUUUAGUCUUGCGGGUGACUCUAUUUCUUCAACACUUUCUGUUAUUCUAUUGGGCAUAGUUGGAACUGUAGCAAAUAUCAUAAGUUCGAUUUUAGUAGAUAAAAUGGGAAGAAAAAUGCUGUUAACUAGUUCUUGUAUAGCAGAAGCACUGUCUUUAUUCACUUUGGGAGUAUAUUUUUACAUGCUCAAAGCUGGAGUGGAUGUAUCGGCUUUAUCAUGGGUACCUAUUGCAAGUCUUAUGGUCUUUAUGGCUUUCUUCAAUAUUGGUUUGGGAAUUGUUCCUUGGAUAGUAGCCGGAGAACUGUUUCAUACCAGCGUGAAAGCCAUUGCUUCAACUGCAAUAUCACUGUCCAAUUUUUUAACUUCUUUUCUAGUCACAAUAGCCUUUCCCUAUAUGGUAGGAAAUUUAGGUAUGGGUUGGACUUUCAUGACAUUUGCCAUGACUAUGAUACUUGGGGCGAUUUUUUGCCUACUGGUUUUGCCUGAGACGAAAGGUAAAAACUUCCAGGAUAUACAAAAGUUGUUGAAGGAGUGAGCUAGAGGGAUGUUUUAAUUCCAGAUCAAAAAAAAAUUGUGAUAUUUUGAUUAUUGUGAAUAUUAUUUAUUGUUCCUAUAUUAUAUCAUUAGUGAUUUUAAGAUUGUUUUAAUUUUUUUUCCGAAGAAACCAUCGAACGUCUCU